AUGGUGCAUCCCGAUGUUUUCCCUAAAUAUAUUGUGUCUUUGGAUACCUCGCGUGUAGUUGUGAAGAAGGUAGAUGUUGGCAACAAAUUUAAAAAUGAACAAGAGUUUGAAUUUCGUGAUCAAAUACUUCAAUGGAUUCGCAUAAAGGCAUCCAAACUGGGGUUUGGUGUUGUAAUCGGAAGAUUUGAUAAUGGUUUGGAUAGAAGAGGUGCAUUUGUGACAUUGACAUGCAAAAGAAGUGGGAAAUAUAAACCUCAUCUCCGGAAUUUCAAAGGAGAUGAAACUGGUUCAAGAAAAUAUUUGUGUAAAAAGUUAGUUGAUCAUCCAAUUGCAUGUUGUCUCAUGCCGAAAGAGGAGGAAUGUGUUUCUGACAUGACAUUGAAUUUGGUGCAACCGAAAAAUAUACUUGUAACUUUGAAGCGUAAAAGACCCGGGAAUAUCGCACAUAUCAAGCAAGUGUACAAUAGGCGCUAUCAAAGUAAAUUAGUGAUAAGGGGGAAUACAACUGAAAUGCAACACCUAUUGAAAAUUCUAGAUGAUAACAGUUACGUAUCUAAGUACCGAAUGUGCGAGGAUGGAGUAACUGUUAGAGAUAUAUUUUGGACUCUUCUUGAUUCCAUAAAGUUGUUCAACAUGUUUCCCAUUGUGCUCACAAUUGAUUCAACAUAUAAGACCAACAAGUACAAACUUCUAUUAUUGGAAAUUAUUGGUGCUAACUCUACUGAGAAGACUUAUUUUGUCGGGUUUGCAUUUCUAGAGAGCGAAAAAAAGGAUAAUUUUAAUUAG